AUGGCAAAGAAAAAUAACAAACAGGUCGAGCCAUUCAAACCGGAUCCCAGCAUUCCAGUUCCGCCCAAAGACGAGGAAGAACUGAACUUGGAAAAGCUGGUGUUUGGAGAUGCAGCUGGCUUCGGGACGAAUUUGAAGCAGGUUGACAAGAUCUUUGACAAUUUCUCAGACGAAGGCUUUAGUUCGGACGGAGGUGACGAUAAUGAUGAUUUCUCGUUACAGCAGGAUGAAGGGGCUCUCAGUGACUCUGAAUCUGCGGACGAAGAACAAGGGGAUAACUUCACUAAGAUGGCAGAUGACCAGCUCUUCUUCGUUGAUGAUGGGGAGGACCAGAUGGACGUGGAUAGCGAUUCCGAGUCUGAUGAAGAAGACAGCGAGUCUAAUGCCUGGAGUGACAGUGAUGACGAGAAAAUGGACCUUUCGAUAGCUAAAUCAGACAAACUGAGGAAACUCAGAAAGACGGAGUCGGAGCAAGUCAUACGAGGAAAGGCAUACAUUCACAGACUGAGGUCUCAAUUUGAGAAAAUAUAUCCAAGACCCUCGUGGGCUGAUGAUCCAGACCGUUCCGAGGAAGAGGAAGAGGAUGAUGGCGAAGUGGACGAAGAUGAUGAGACAGACGUGAGUGCCAGUUCAAAUUCAUUGGCCAAGUUCCUGAAGAAGAAUUUCCAGAAUUUGAAAUCUAAGAGCUUCAAAAUGCUUCCAGCCGACAAACUGGACAUCUCGAAGGCCAACGAUGCAAACUCGAAACAUCCCUCGAAAUCAGGUAUACAAACCAUGUCGUUUCAUCCAACACAUCCUCUACUGCUAACCGGUGGAUUCGAUCGUACCCUCAGAAUAUAUCAUGUUGAUGCCAAGGUGAACAAGCUUGUGACAUCUCUGCAUUUGAGGAAAAUGCCAGUCCAAACAGCUGGUUUCCAGGUCUCUGGUGACAAGUCCAAGACGACCAUCUUUGCUGGUGGCAGAAGGAGAUAUAUGUACAAAUGGGAGGUAAACGAGGGCUCUGUUGAGAAGAUCAGCAGAAUGUAUGGUCACGAAGCAACACAGAAGUCUUUCGAAAAUUUCAAAAUCUCAAAGGACGGAGCCUUUAUUGCAUUGCUGGGUAACUCUGGGUGGAUAAAUGUGAUAAGUACCAGCAGCGGACAGUGGGUGAAGGGUUUCAAGGUGGAAGGUACUUUGAUCGAUUGUGAGUUCACCGAGGAUUGCCAUCUGUUUGGUGUCAACACAGCUGGUGAGGUCUGGGAAUGGGAGUACACGACUGAGAAGAUUGUUGCAAAAUGGCAGGAUGAGAGUGGAGUUGGUAUCACAAGAAUCAGCAGUGGAGGAAAGAAUGGCAGAUGGUUGGCAAUUGGCAGCAACACUGGUAUAGUCAACAUCUACGACAGGUCGUCUUCGGCUCACAAGCCCAUGGGCACUGUGGAAAGUCUUAUUACCACCAUUUCCACUCUGGAAUUCUCGCCUGAUGGUCAGCUUCUUUGCAUUGCCAGUAGAGACAAAAAGGAUGCUCUGAGGAUGGUGCAUUUGCCCUCCUGCAAGGUGUAUGGCAAUUGGCCAACUUCCAGUACUCCUCUGGGAAGAGUCACUAGCGUGUGUUUCAGUAAUGGCGGUGAGCUGUUGUUCAUUGGUAAUGAUGUUGGAAAGGUAAGAACAUGGGUGCUGAAUUAUUACUUCUAA